AUGUCACGCAAGCGUCGCACCGUUCUUGGGCAAUACCUUAUUUCGACUGAUUGUGCGAACAUAUUAGGCCAACAGAAGCAGGCUGUCUAUUUUUGGCUACUUGUAAGCAUGGCCUUUACUGGUUGCUAUGUUCGUACGGAUCCUUAUGCCUUAACGUUUUCGUACAAAUGCAGAAAAGUGAUGACUAAUACUGCCGAAGAGUCUCAGAGACAAAGAAUUCAGCUAGUAAUUCAGUUCUCUCUCAUAUGUGCUAUACAAUUCGCCAGUAGUGCGUGCUUUUAUAUUCUACCACCAUUGUUGCCAAAUACCGACUUAGCCGUCCACUUGCCGAUGCUCAAGUGUCACCUAUGUGCCCAUCCAAACCUCAACAUGGUGCCAAAAAGGCCUUUUCGUAACUUUUGUGAGAUAGAAGAAUGCAGCGUGCAGAUUUUGAGCAGCCACUAUAUCAGUGUAUAA